CCUAUAGUAGUGCCAAAAAUUGCUCAUUGAUGGUGUGAAAAAUUUGUUUGUCGCGUUCUGUUUCCAUUCCAUUUUCACUUAUUCACUUGCAUUGCUUCUGUUAGUGCGCACCUCAUUUAUCGUCGAGUGGGUAGUGAAAAGUACAGCGCGCCACCAUUUGUGGUGAUUUCAGUGUAAAAUUUUAUAAUGCACCAAUGUCUGGCAAAAACGUUUAUGUAAAAUUGAUGAACAACAUUUAGGAGUGACAUCGCCUCUCUUAAGGAUUACUGAAGUUAAUCUUAGUCGGUGUAAAUCGUGUUCACCUCCAAAUCUGCUAAUAAUUAGCAUAUGUACUUUGAUAUAUAUUUCUUCGCACAGAUACAUAUGUGUGAAUAUAGAAAAUACUGACUUAUAUUCGCCGUAUUCCAGUGUAAAAAGCAAAAUAGUGAAGAGUGAAAAAGUGUAGAUAUUUUCAAUGUCAUUCAUAUACGCGUAAAAUUAAUUUCAAUUGAAUUUCGGAUGUGUUUUGUAAAAUAACAACUCCAUACUAUUGACUGCGAAACAUACCGACAUUGAUUAUUCAAUAAUCUGAUUUGAAUAUAUUAUAAAGAGUAAAAACAAACCAUUAAGGGCUAAACAGCUGGCUUUGUUGACAAUAGGAUUUCGUUAAUCAUAUAUUUAUAUCAUGGCAAUCAUUGAACAUUUUUUGAAACUACAAAAAAGGGUCACAAACUUCGGGGUAAUGCUAGGCGGCAGUACGGAUCGUCUAUGCACACCGAGCACAUCAGCUGGCCCAUUUCGUAUUUUUGCCGUUACUGGCUUCCAAAACCGGGCAAAUGAUAUUGUAUAUUGUCCACCGAUACGGCCGACAGGCAGCGAGAAUGCUGAAGAUUCAACUGCCGUUGUUUACUUCGGCGGAGACGUACAGGACUUUCCGGAGAGCAUGGAAACGAACCGAGAUAGUCGCGGCUACAUGAAAUACAACUUAGAGAACUCUGCCAUAUUGCUACGUGAGGCUUUUCCGCGCGCACAUAUCAUUGUCAUCCGGCCUGUAAGAAUGGAGUUCAAAACUUUUAGUUGUUUCGACAAUUUUGUACGUGGUAAUAACGCUGGUGUCCCCGACCAUACUCCAAUGAACCACGCUUUACAACAUUUAGAAAAAUUACUUCAAAAUCUUUCUCAACGACUGAUCUCCAUACCCGAAAAUGAGAUAAUGGACCAGGCUGCUCAAGCAGCCGCCGCUGCAGCUGCUGUGGCCGCCGCCGCCGCAUUGGUAUCCUCUACGCUCUCCACAGCAUCGACUGACACGUCCGCCUCCUCAUCAGCAUUGAAUGAUAAUAAUCAAGACAUGGACAUAGAUAUAUUACAAGUUCAGGAGAAUGUAACAGUUGAUGCAGAUGGGGCAGUAAUAUUUCCAAAUGCCACCGGUGCUGGUACUGGUGGUGGAGCUAGUAGCGGAGGAGGUGUUACAGCAUCGACAAAUAAUGCCGCUAACAGUAACAUAGCGACAACGACCGCAACUCCACAUAGCACUCAAAAGGCUCCUUUACAAUCUACCGCCCAUCAAGCACAAACAAAUAACGCACAUUUCAAUAAUAUUGGUGGUGGUAGUAGCAACAGUAACGAGUGUGUAGCACAAGCACAACAACUCACCCGUCAAAAUAGCAAUCCUUUAUGGUGGAGAGAGAAUUUGAAUUUAGACAAAGCGAAACUGGUUCUAAUCGGCUUCAGCAAAGGAUGUGUGGUCCUCAAUCAAUUCAUUUAUGAAUUUCACUACUUAAAAACUCUAACACCAGAUGAUAGUACAAUGAUACGUUUGCUAUCGCGCAUCAAAGAUAUGUAUUGGCUGGAUGGUGGGCACGGUGGCCAAAAGAACACAUGGAUUACGUCCAGAAGCCUGCUGGAAACGCUAACAAGAAUGGGCAUGAAUAUUCAUGUACAUUUGACACCGUAUCAAGUGCAGGAUGAUCGUCGGCCGUGGAUACGAAAGGAGGAGAAAAUUUUCACAGACAUGCUACGACGCUUAGGGGCACCGAUCACGCGUCAUCUACACUAUGAUAGUCAAACAGCGAAUUUAAUGACACAUUUUGAAGUGUUACAGGCUUUUUGCCAGCACAUACAUACGCUAAAUCAGCAACAACAAUUACAACAACAGCAAACAGCACAGCAGCAGCAACAACAAGCGUCGGCUCUGCAGCCGCUGCAGCAAUCUUCAAGUAACAUUCAAAUUAAUGAACAAUUACAACAACAACAACAAACGCAGCUUAACAAUACAAAUCGUUCAGAGUUGGGCAAGGCAAGCAAUAGUGGAGCGAAGUGACACCAUCGCCGUCGCAAUGUUGGCCGUUUACAUUUGCGUAGAGUAGCAGCAGCGGCAGCAGCAGCACCGACCAGCAGCACAUCGGCAACGACGUCAAAGAAAGUAAUGCAUGUAUCGCCACAACCACAACAGCCAUUACUGCAGCAGCAGCAACAUCAGCAUCCUCAACAACAUCAACCUGUAGUCGCUACACCAUCAAAUUUCACAUUUCUCGACAUAGCAACCACAUCAAUUGUAAAUAAUUAUACGCGACAUUUUCCACAAAACACAAGCAUACCAGCUACAGCUACAGCUACAGCCACAACAGCAGCUAUACAUAACCGUCAACGCCAAAAAGCGCCAAAUUUGCAGAGAGUUCGACCAAGACACAAUCAACGUCAGCACCAACACAGAGGUCAACCAACUAAAAUUCACCAUUAUUCGCGUGCAAAAGGUAGACUUCUGCAUCACCAGACUUGUCGUUAAAUGCAACGGGCACUAAGGAAUCAUACAAAUAUAUGCGUAAACAUAAUUAUAUAUAUUUGUGCACAUACGCAAUUACCAGUCCUUCGUGCUCUGCAAAAUUAUUAUUUAUCAAUUAGUUUUGUGUUGUAAUUUAGUAUGUUAAGAAAAGUUUAUUUCAAUGGCGAUUCAUAUAAUCUAAAAGCAUAAUAAUACAACAAAUUCGAAUUAAAUUUUAAUUGUAAUUUAUAAUUGGCAGACAUUCGGUCUUAAAGAAUGAAUGUGUAUGUAUAAAGUAUGUCAACCGAAUAGUUUAACUUGGCUUGUAUUCACUGUUAGACAUAAGUGCUAUGAACACAUUCAUAAACAAUUUAAAUGUUGUACAAUUCUUUCUCCCACUGAGACCAAUGACCUUGCCGUGGAGAAAGGACCAGAAUAUGGUUUAAGUGGAUUUUUAAUGUUAGGCUACAUUUAAUUUAAGUAUUGCUAUCAAAGAGAAUUUGGUGCACUAAAUUUAAGCGUUAGCUCUAUUCUAGGUAGAUUGCUAUGUAUAUUUAAUUCAAUCCAUACAUUUUUAUAAUUUUUGAUAAAUCUGUCACAGAUCAAGUUUUUUAUACACAUUAAUCACCAUUAACCAGUGCAAUUUCUUUAGACAUUUACAUUUAUAUUUGUUUUAAUUUUCUAUUAUUUAUUCACCUCUUAUUUAGAAUGCAUUCUUUUAAGAUAAUUUACUUAUAUUCUACAAAUUCGCAAACAAAAACUGCUUUUUGCUAAAAAAGAAA